UUAAACUCGGACGAUUAUCUCGUGACCAAAAUAAUCAAUGGAAAAUCAAGAAAAUCCAAAUAAUAAGAAAAUGGGCUUUAACAAGACUCCAGAAGAAAAUUCCAACAUUGACGAGCAUUCUCAUGCAACCAACGAGGAUCUUGAAGAAUUUAAUAGCGUUUCUGAAGAAAUAGACAGCAUAAACAAUUGGAUGGAUUCUUUAGAGAACAAUGUCGACAGCAUAAAGGAUCAACUACUGGCAAUAUUAUCCUCAAAUCGAGAACUUCUCAAAGAGCUGAAGGAACAAAAAGCUCAAGAUACUGAUAAGGCAAAAGAGGAUGGAGAGAAGCCAAUGGAGAAUUAAAAUAAUUCCCGCUUAUAACUUUAUUUUAUUUAUAUGAUGGAAUAUAUUUAUUGUACAGUAUUAAAGCGUUUUACUUGC